GCAUGAACACAUUUACUCAUGGUGACCAUUCCUGAAUAUGAAUUAAUAGAAUUUGAUGUGUCAGGAUAUCUGUGUGUUCUGCCAAUCAAUGGAGGAAGAUAGUGCUUGGCAUGAAACAAGGCCGUUUUCGCAAAUGUCGAGAGCUAAGAAAGAAAUAAUUGGCAAGCCGUCAAAGGCCUCGUUAAAGUCAAGAGGAUUGUCUACAAGCAACAAGAAAACUUCAAGGAAACAGUCAAUUGACACAGGAUAUUCACUGUAUUCAACUGACUCUGAAAAUGUGUCAGAAGUCAAUACUGGGCUUGAUAAAUGUGCUGAAUUAUUGACAAAUAUUUUAGAGAUAAAAUCAGCAAGGGCAAAAGAGAUGAAGAAAUCUGUGUCCCAUCAUGCAGAUAGACCACUCCAGCAACGACCAACAAUGCCAAGAAGCAGGAAAACAAAACCUGCUCCAACUAGUUUGAAGCUUGCUUCAACUAAUCAGAAACCAAAUAAAUCAAUUCACAUACCAACAGCAAAAAUACCAGGUUCUGUUCAAAAACCCAGGACUGCAUAUAAUGAAAGAGUUGUGGCAUCCACUCCAGUUCUUACUACAGAGCAACGCAAACACCUACAAGAUCUUCAAAAAAAAGAACAUGAUUUGCAACAGCAAAUACAACUUUUGCAGGAUGAGUAUAAUAAUUUGGAGGAACACAGCGUUGCUGAAAGAAGUCCUCCAUCAGGUAAACACGUUCAGGACGCCAUAUUCCACAGUAUUAACCGUGAACGUCAGGAGCCAAGUUCCUCCAGGAGAAGUUUAGAUUUUAGCAACCAUGCUGAAAAACCAUUUGUUGAAAAUCAGGUCCAAGUUGUAAAUGAAAGUUCAGCAACAGCUAGCGUUGAUGAUUCAGUGUCUUGCGAGAAACCUGCUGAACAUGAAAAAACAAGAAGAGUUCAGUUUGUUCCUGGAAUUACAACACCUCAUGAACCAAAGACUGACAGUAAAUUUCAAGAAUUGAAUUCUAAGACUAAGAUCGAAAAUGAAGUUGAAAUGACUAAUAAAUCUCCUUCGUAUCCUGAAGAUCAAAAUAUGACAACUAAUGGGAAAGUAAGCAAAGCUUACAAUCUUGGUAGUCAAAAGCAAGCGAGACCUCCUUCACCACAAAGGUAUUCAGACCACUUGAGAAUCCUCGCUUAUCUGUUUGGAGAAUUACGUGCAAUUUUAGCAUCAUCAGAUGAUAAAGAAGUCGACCGUCUCAUUAUUGAGAUUGAAAGCGAGAUUCGUUUGUUGACCUCGUACACAGUACACUCGCUACGCCCAUCACCGGGAGAGAAGGCAAUCAAGAAACAAUAUGAUAUCGAUACAGAAAUAGCUUUACAGCCAUUGAGAUCAGAGAACAGCGAUUUAAGAAGAAAGUUGCGUAUUGCGCAUCAAAAAUCAAAGGAUUUGGAGGAACAGUUGCAAAAAGGUGUAGGAAAGAGGAAGGAAGAUUUCGCAGAUUUUUCAGAUGAGAGCGUCAUUGAACACUUGCAUAAACAGCUGUUUCUAGAGAGAGAGAAUGUUAGACAAAUGAAACAUCGUAAUGAGCAAGCUGAAAAGAUCAUUGCACAGCAGAAAAAUGAAAAUUCCCAGCUUCAGGAUAUAAUAGCUGAAAAGGACGAAGAGUUGGAUACUAUGCAUGACGAACUGAGCUCAUAUAAGACUAAGUACUCCACAGGUUCGAGCGCUGACAGCCAUUCCAAACGUCAAAUUGAAUCAAUGGAACUCAAGAUUCGUGCAAAAAACAAAGAAGUUGAUUUAUUGAAGCUUGCGAUUGAACAACGCGAUGCCGAAAUUGAACGCCUAACUGAGUUAACCAGAGGAUUACAACAAUCAUUGACAAGGGUUCUGACAAACGUUCAAGAUCUUCAUCCAGAAGAUGUCACUCCAAAUGAUGUAUCCAUGCUCUCUGGGAUCGAUUCAUGGAGACCCACCACAAUGACCACAUUGGAGCCACCAAAAGCAAUGCCAAGUGUUGUUUCGACUGCGCCAAGAGUUCAUCUUCACCACCUUCAUGAAGCCAUUGCCCUCUCUGAAAAGGAGCUGGAUCUCGCGUCACUGCAAACUGGUAACCGUGAGUACGACAAUAUUUCAUCACCUGUUUCACGUAUGGAAAGUUCUAAAGAGAUCAUUGAUAGUGUUGUAAAUGACAAUGAUGAUGAUACAACUAUUUCUGUAUCAUCCACUGAUGAAUUUGUCUUCAAGCAAGAGCUUGCUAAUCUCGAUACGAUGAUUGCAAGACUUCAGGACAGCUUGCGCAAAAAAUAAGAUUUGGCAAAAGAAUUGCCAGAUCAUUCGUGGGAGAAUGAAAAAGGGCAGUUUGAAUAUUUAUGUACAUACAUACUGUACAAUCCGAAUCAUAUUAUGCACUAUAGUAGAAGGGGAAAUAAUAUCGACUGGGUCAAGAUUACCGGUGCCAGACUGCCAGCUAAAUUUUGUAAACUGCAGUAGAUAUCAUUUUGUAAACUGCAACAGAUAUAAUCUUCGAAGACAGAGGAGAGUUGCCUAGCACAAGAACUAGACUAUCCAGACACAAUUUGAUUCUAUAACUACGUUAAUUAUCUUCAUAUAUGCAUGAAAUUAUAAUUUUGAUUUACGAUGUAAUUGUACUUAGUGUUCCUGGCUUCAACUUGCAUGGAUUUCAAAAUUUAUGCAAGUCAGUGGUUAGAUUCUUGGAAGACAUAAAUAGUUUGUCUUCCAGGAACUGUAGCAGAUAACCUUUAAUUUCCCGGAAACGAUAAAGGGUUUCGGGGAACCCUGUUGUGUACAGUUUCGUAUUGCGACCACUUCCGCUUUCGGUUCAACGUUCUAAACAUACAAACUCGUAUUCGUUCGAUGUGUGUGAAGUCGAAGGCACGUCAAAUUCAUCAUGAGUAGCGAAUCUAACUUACAAUUGUUGUUGCAUGCUGGAGAAUUGGAAUAUAUCAUCGACAUUAUCAAGGCUUCGCGAGAUUCGAACAGGCAGGAGCGUUCCUUGUGUGUCGGUGGUUGUUUAUAUGGCUUAUGGCGAAACUCUUUGAAACAGCCAGUCAUUCAGUUUGUCACCGGUCCUGAUAAAAACCCUAGCAAAAAAGGCGAGGCCAGGAUAAAAGAGCUGUUUAAGAAUUCCUUUACUGAUAGGUGUGCACAAAUAAUCACGAAUGAUCAUCAGUUAUUGCAUCUUGGUUUCUGGUUCUAUGGCGAGCAAGAUGAGGAAAACAAAGCCAAAGAGAUCGCCCUUCGCAAUUUUAAUAAAAGCGUGCUGCUCCUUGUGUCCGAAGAUGGGCGCAAUUCUGGAAGCUGGUCAGGUCAAUACCACCUCAGGUUUAAAAACGCUGCUGAAGCUUCAAGUUUACUUUAUAGAGAAGAUGUUUUGGACGGGCAGAGUUCGUUUAGGGUGUAUGAAAGACUGACAAAUAAAAUCAAAGAUUCCAAAUUUAUUGCCCAUCCUGAACAACAAUUGGAAAGAAGCUAUCGUGACCCAAACACCAGAUGGGCGUUCCUUGAUAACUUACCUUCACGUGUGCAGGUUGAAGAAGCGGUAACCAGUGAAGAGCAAUGGUAUUCCACUGACGAAGGAAUGGCGCAUUUGCAGCGUUUGUUUCAGUAUUUUAAAGAAGAGGGUAUCACUCCUGACAUGUCAAGAGAUACCGCCACUCAAGAUAUGCAGUUUGGUUUCGAUGGCGGUUACAGCUUGGAUUUUCCAGCAAAAUUCCCUAAGAAAAUGCCAGAAUUUCAUAUUCCUGGUAGAGGAAAGCGUAGGCUCGACGACAUUAGGCCUAGAUCUGGUGAAGAUGUUUGCGCUGUUUUGGUGCGCUAUGUCGUCGGUUGUAUUAGGCAAC